CUAACUUGUUCAUAAAAUGUCUAUAAUUUGUGCAAAAAUCGUUUUGGUGUUAUGCAUUUUACUGGUCUACCUUGCAUUCCAAUGGCUGGGCUAUAAUAUUAAAAACGAUUCGAGCCACAUUAACAUUGCAAAAGUAAAACCUAGAGGCCAUAUCCGUCAAAAUGGAGAUUAUUGGGUGUGGAACAAUUAUAUUAUCGCUGAUGACGUCUUCAUUGGCAAUGAAAGUAUCACUUUAGCCACCCAUGCCUCUUAUGAAGAUCUUGUCUAUUUGCCUGAAUUGUUAACAACGUGGGGAGGUCCCAUUAGUAUUUCGAUCUUCGUCUGCGGCACAGACUUUGAAAAGACUAUUGACUCGCUGCGCUAUAUAUACACCUGUCUGACAAUGAGAUUUUACAUGAAGAGGUAUCUGACCAUUCACCUAAUUUUUCAUGAUCAGCACGUUCCGGAAAUCAUGAAAUCCAUGAAAAUGCAUGAACUCGCUAAUUAUAAACACUGUAAGUUGGAUCCUGCCUUUCAAAAUACCAGUUGGACCCAAAGUUAUUGGCGGCGAAGGAAGCUGAAUUAUCCCAGGAAUCUACUCCGAAACGUGGCUCGUAUUAAUAUAUUCACAUACUACGUGCUUUCCAUCGAUAUUCACAUGUUACCUACUCCGGAUUUUCCCAAAAAGUUUUUGAAAUUUAUCAGGAAUCACGAUACCUGGCGGUUUGCUGAUAUACCCGAGCCGUAUACAUCGGUCUUCUGCCUACCGGUGUUUCCGAUUCAUUUAUGGGACUUUGUGCCAAAGGACAAGCUCCAGCUUCGAAAACUUCAGGUGACACGGUUGUCAAGGAGGCAGAAGAGGUGGCUGGAUGCUCCAAAUCCUUAUGAUGAAGUCUUCAUCUACGAGAUUUCCAAAGAGACGGACUUUUGUGUGGUUUACGUGAGCAUCAACGAAUUAGAACCACUUUACGACGAACAGGAUGAAAAUGGUUCCAUCCUUGAAGAGGACACAAACUUAAAGGUCGACUUUACAAUGAUGAGUUAA